CACCUUCUUCAGCUCAGAAAUCUUUAAAUUUAACUUGAAGGAAACCAUGGAAAAUGGCCCACAAACCAACAAACCUUUAGAGUACACAGUGUCACAUUUCAUCGUCUUCUCGUGCAUUGUCCGACAUUGAACAAGUAUAUACAAAUCUUGAAGCUUGAAGAUUGAAGUUUGAAGAUGGGUUUUCACUCAUUUCCAUCUGGGUUUUCCAUUUUAUCUUUCCUUUUUGCAUUCUCCUUCAUUUCUUCAAGCUUCAAACCAGUUAUCAGCGAUGGAACAGUUUACAUAGAUGGGAAAUCUUCAAUUGGAAGAAUAGACAAUGAUUUCAUUUGUGCAACUUUGGAUUGGUGGCCUCCUGAGAAAUGUGAUUAUGGUACUUGUAGUUGGGGACAUGCAUCUCUUCUCAAUCUGGAUCUGAGUAACAUCAUAUUCUUGAAUGCUAUCAAAGCUUUUUCACCUCUUAAGAUCAGAUUGGGUGGUACAUUACAAGAUAAUGUAAUUUAUCAAACUGAAGAUCAUCAUCAACCCUGCAACCAAUUCAUUAAGAACACAACAGAGGUUUUUGGUUAUACCCAAGGCUGUCUUCCCUUAAAUAGAUGGGAUGAAUUGAAUGCAUUCUUCUCAAAAUCAGGGGCUGUUAUUAUUUUUGGAUUAAAUGCUCUCAAUGGAAGAAAUGUACAAAGAGAUAAACCUUCUUUAGGAGCAUGGGAUUACACCAAUGCAAAGUCUUUAAUAGAGUAUACUGUUAAAAAAGGCUACCAAAUCCAUGGCUGGGAGCUUGGAAACGAGUUGAGCGGAGAUGGAGUUGGAACUCGAGUAUAUGCAGAUCAAUACGCAGUCGACACAAUUUCCCUACGAAACGUCGUUCAAGAAGCGUACAAGUAUGAAAUUUUCAAACCGCUAGUGAUAGCUCCUGGAGGCUUCUUUAAAUCCGACUGGGUUAAAGAAUUCAUCGACAAAACUCCCGGUUCGCUCGAUGUUUUAACACACCAUAUAUAUAAUCUCGGGCCAGGUGUUGAUGAACAUUUAAUUGAUAAGAUAUUGGAUCCAUCUGUUCUUGAUGGUGAGGCAAGCACAUUUAGUCAAAUCCAGAUUCUAUUGAAGAACUCUCCAAAUUCAGCAACUUCAUGGGUUGGAGAAUCAGGAGGGGCUUAUAAUAGUGGACACAAUCUUGUCACAAAUGCUUUUGUUUUCAGUUUCUGGUACUUGGAUCAGCUUGGUAUGGCAGCGACUUAUGAUACGAAAACUUACUGUAGACAAUCGUUGAUUGGUGGAAAUUAUGGUCUUCUAAAUACAACCACAUUUGUCCCAAAUCCAGAUUAUUACAGCGCCCUUCUUUGGCACCGGUUGAUGGGAAGGAAUGUCUUAUCGACGAGCUUUUCAGGGACGAAGAAGAUAAGGGCAUAUGCGCACUGUUCAAAACUAUCGCAAGGAGUUGUGUUACUAUUGAUCAAUCUAGACAAUAGCACAACAGUUGAGACAAGUGUAAGUUUUAACGGGUCGUGGGCUAUUCGACACAAACACAGAUCUAAUAGAUCUUCUCACGACUUCCAUCAUCGAAAAAGAGUCAGACUAAGCGAAAGCACGAGAGAGGAGUAUCAUUUGACUGCAAAAGAUGGGUCUUUACACAGCCAGAUAAUGCUGUUAAAUGGAAAAGCAUUAAUGGUGGAUUCUUAUGGAAACAUACCUGUUUUGGACCCUAUAAUUGUGAAUGCAACUGAGGAAAUAACUGUUGCUCCUUUCUCCAUAGUGUUCUCUCAUUUGCCAUAUGUUAAUCUUCCAGCUUGCAGGUAGGUGGGAAACAUAUAAGUUAUAUCCCUUACCAGAUUUGUCAACUAAUAAUUAACAACUGUAUUAUCCCUUCCUUUUGUUAUUAUUUAUUUUCCAAGUGAAGAAGCAAUCCAGUAAGUGGUUUGCAAUGCAAGUGUAAAGCUUUUAAUGCUAUAAAGAAGGUUUAUAUUAAACUUAUUUC